AUGACAAUGCCAUCUCCACGGCGAAAACGCAUUCAGCUUUUGAGUGCAUUGCUCUUGUUACUAUCUUGCAUUGCCGUUCCUGCAACCGCCAUUUACGCGUCUCAAGCCGGUGUUGUCGAUUGGCAUCACACUUGGGUAGGCAAGGCACGAUGGUCAGCAUUAACGUCUCCUUCUCGGCUGGUGGUCAGCACUGAACGCAACAUGCUCGCAUCGAUCAAUACAGACACUGGAGCUAUCGUAUGGCGUCAAGAAUUAGAUGAUCCUGUAGGCGAAGCACAAGCAAGCACAUCAGGCGUGCUUACGUUUUCAAGCAGCGGUGCACAAAUGUGGGAUGCUUCAUUGGGUCGUUUGAUUUGGCAGCAAGAUGGAUUCGAUCAUAUUUUGGAUGGCCGUAUUACAUCAACAAACGUGGCAGUGAUCGUUGAUAAGCGUCAUGUUACAGCACUUGAUUUGACCAAUGGACAAACUCUAUGGACCAGCGAUCGUGUUGCAGAUCACUCUCUUGUUACAUUGCAUCCAUACGACGACACCACCUUGUAUAUCAUUGAACGAUUGGACAAUCAGGAUGCCUUCAACACAAUUGCACUUGAUAUCAGCACUGGAAAGACGAUCAGCAAUAACAAGCUCUCGACGCAAAAGAUGAUUGACAACGUCAAGGUUGUAGGCAAGCAUUUGCUGUGGACCGAGCGCGACACUAUUCGAUGGAACCAGCUUGGCACCAAAAAGAUCCAAAAGGCUACUGUAUCGUCCUUGGUUGGUUCUCUUGCCUCCUUUGCAUCAGCCGAACCUGAAACGGUGCGCUUGGAUGUUACAACAUCGAACGCCAUUUUCUUGAGUGCUUUCAAUAUCGCUGAUGAUCAAUUGUUGGUGCCAACAGCUGCUUUUCGUAUACAAGAGAACGGCUUGAGCUUGAUUCAAGAUUUGGGUGUUCAGGAUUCAAUUGGCAAAGUGGAUGCUUUGGCAGGAACAACGGUGCAAUUCGCUCGUACAUCUGACAAGGAAAUGACAUGGCAUAUUGUAUCGGAUGACUACACACAUCAGGAGCAUCGUCUGCCUCAUGAUUUUUCAUUGACUGGAGAUGUGGAAUAUGUCAAGCUGGUGAGCACAUCACCUUUGCGUGCAUUCAUUGUGACAAGCAGUGGAUCUACUUUCCUCUAUGAUGGUGCAACCAAGGAUCUGAUUUGGUCACGUGAAGAAGCAUUGGGCCAUGCAACAGCAUCCGAGUUCCUGGAAUUGCCCGAGAAACAAUUGUGGACCCAAAUGGCUGAUGAGAUUGCAGAGGAACAUCCUGAAUCGAUUCCACCUUUGACUCGUUACGUGCAUCGAUUGCAAGCUCAUAUGACUGAAGCACGUCAAUUACCCCAAUGGAUCAUUCAACGUGUGAUGGGUGCUGUCAAAUCUGACAAGGCACAACCUGCCGAUGCUAGCGAACUUUUGCAAGCACAACAAUGCUGGACCAAUGCCACAUCCCCCUCCAUUGUAUAUCGUGACGCAUUUGGAUUACACAAAUUGGUGUUGACAGUAACAAGUACUGGCAAAGUGAUUGCACAAAACACAGCUGAUCGUGGCGCAAUUGUUUGGAGCCGCUACUUUGAGGAUGUUCGUUUUACGCAUGUGGAAAUGGUUCGCUCUGUAUCCGUCAAGAUGCCACCCUUGAUUGUUGUGAUUGGCGAGUCUGGAAGUCCUAGCCUUGGUUAUGAGGAGACUCAUUUAUAUCGAUUGGAUGCUCUUACCGGUGAAGAUUAUAUUUCGCAUAUCCCAGAAGCCGACGUGUAUUUCGAGCCAGCUCUUAUCACCGAGACAAAAAUUUCCAAGGUCAUGAGACUCCCUAUUGAGGAGCCUGAUGAGCACACGCAUUUACUUGCCCUUUAUGAGGCCGGUACAAGCCGAGUGUAUAUUUAUCCAGACACCGAAGGCGCCCGUGUACGGUUUAGAGAGUUUGCAAAUUCGUUUUACUUUGUGCAACCUUCCAGCAAGCAGCAUGAUGGUUUCAAAGGUUAUCACGUUGUGGAGGGAUACCGUGGCAGCUUGUCAGCUAAGCCUGUUUGGACCCUUGAUUUACCUUCCGAUGAAAAAGUGGUCGCUGUUGGUGAACGUCAGCCAUAUGAAAAAGUUGCUCUUCUUGGCCGUGUCCUUGGUAACCGCAAUGUCAUGUACAAGUAUCUCAACCCCCAUAUGUUUGCUGUCCUAUCAACAAAUCCAGUCCAAGGGACAUUGGCCGUACGUCUUGUCGAUGGCGUUAAAGGCACUAUCUUGUACGAAACGUUGCAUCGUAAGGUGGAUGCUAUCAAUCAUGCUGUACAAGUGGUGCAAGCGGAGCAUUGGGUCAUUUAUCACUUUUGGAGUACGGAUGCUAAAACAAGAGGAUAUCAAGCUGUGGUAUUGGAGCUUUACGAAGGCGAAUGGGAGAAUGAACGUGUUGUUGGCACCAACUUUUCGUCUUAUGACAACAUUCGUCCCAAUGUUCAGUCAUCAGCAUUCAUGUUCCCGUACGCUGUGCAAUCGAUUGGUGUUACUACUACACGAGGCGGCGUUUCCACACGCGAAAUCUUGUUUGGCCUCUCGAGCAAUCAGAUCUUUGGCGUUAACAAGGGCUUUUUUGAUCCUCGACGACCACGUGACAAACCUACCAAGGAAGAACAAGAAGAGGGAUUGAUUCCUUAUGCACCCAUUCCAGAUGAACGACAAAUGUUCCUCACCUAUAAUCGCGAGGUAUUCGGUAUCAAGCGGAUCUUGACUUCGCCUGCUUUGCUGGAAUCGACAUCACUCGUCUUUGCAUAUGGUCUUGAUACAUUCUUUACGCAAUCUUCUCCAAGUCGCCAAUUUGAUGUGCUGAGCGAAGACUUUUCCAAAUCUCAGCUUGUUCUUACCAUGGUGGGCCUUGUCGUGGCUAUUGCUAUUGCUAGACCAAUUGUGCGACGGAAACGUGUGAAUGCAUUAUGGCAGUAA